UGGGGGCGGGGGCGGGGCCAGCGGGGGCCAGCAGUCAGCCGCGGGGCGUAGCAGGUGGCGGCGGAGGCUGCCCGCGAGAGGAAUCCGGUAAUCGGAGCGGAGGCUGGAACCAGGGGCGGGCGGAGACUCCCGCGCCGACGCGGCCCUAGAGACUGGGACGGCCCUUACUCGCAGUCUUCGGCCCCGCCCCGCGACCCGGUCCGGGCACGUGGUAGGCAGACCCGGGCGGUUCUGAGCCCGCGACCUCGCAGGACCCUGAGCCCUGGGCACGGUCCGGAGCGGGCGCUGAGAGGCAACCGCGGGCCCAAGACCGGCAGACAGCGAGGUGGGGGGCCCCGGAGAGGAGUAGAGCGAUCUGGGGUUCCAUGGGAUAAAAUCCGGGCAAUUGGGAGAAUGAUUUGGGAAGGGCUGGGGGAGUCAAUGCCUGGGAUCAAACCUGGCUCAGCUAUUCUCUAGCUGUCCCCGAACCUCUCAGCCUCAGCUUUCUCCUCUGUAAAGUGGGCAUUCAGAGGCACAACUUCAUGGGGCUUUUUGGCGGAUUCAAAUGGGCAUGUGUCGAAAGCGGCCAGCACGGCUCCUGAAACAGAAUGGGGGCUCCAAAACGGGGUGUGUUCUCCCUGUGGGACGUUGGAGGAACCGCCCUGGGGAGGGCCUGUGUGCAGAUGGAGUCCACUGGGCCCCAGACGGGAGGGGUAGGUAGCCACUCGCUUUACCCCCAGCUCACCCCGCGCAGCGCCAUGGCCAGCGAGGGUCUCGAGGGCGAGCACCCGUCCGUGACACUCUUCCGUCAGUACCUGCGCAUCCGCACCGUCCAGCCGGAACCCGACUACGGGGCUGCCGUGGCCUUCCUUGAGAAGAGAGCCCACCAGCUGGGCCUGAGCUGUCAGAAAGUAGAGGUGGCACCAGGCCGUGUGGUGACCGUGCUGACGUGGCCAGGCACCAACCCCAGACUCUCCUCCCUUUUACUCAACUCCCACACGGAUGUGGUGCCUGUCUUCAAGGAACACUGGAGUCAUGACCCCUUUGAGGCCUUCAAGGAUGCCGAGGGCUACAUCUAUGCCAGGGGCACGCAGGACAUGAAGUGUGUCAGCAUCCAGUACCUGGAGGCUGUGAGGAGGCUGAAGGCUGAGGGCCACCAUUUCCCCAGAACCAUCCACAUGACCUUUGUGCCAGAUGAGGAGGUUGGGGGUCACCAAGGCAUGGAGCUGUUUGUGCAGCGGCCCGAAUUCCAGGCUCUUAGGGCUGGCUUUGCCCUCGAUGAGGGCUUGGCCAACCCCGCCGAUGCCUUCACUGUCUUUUAUAGUGAGCGGAGCCCCUGGUGGGUGCGGGUCACGAGCAUCGGGAAGCCGGGUCACGGUUCACGCUUCAUUGAGGACACAGCAGCAGAGAAGCUGCACAAGGUCGUGAGCUCAAUCCUGGCUUUCCGGGAGAAGGAGAGGCAGAGGCUGCAGUCAAACCCGCACCUGAAGGAGGGGGCUGUGACUUCUGUGAACCUGACUAAGCUAGAGGGGGGCGUGGCCUGCAAUGUGGUACCUGCUACUAUGAGCGCCAGUUUUGACUUCCGUGUGGCACCGGAUGUAGACCUGAAGGCUUUCGAGGAGCAGCUGCAGGGCUGGUGCCAGGCAGCCGGCGAGGGAGUCACCUUCGAGUUUAUUCAGAAGUGGACAGAGUCCCGAGUGACAUCUACUAAUGACUCAGAUCCCUGGUGGGCAGCAUUCAGUGGGGUCUUCAAGGACAUGAACCUCACUCUGGAGCCGGAGAUCUUCCCAGCUGCCACCGAUAGCCGUUAUCUCCGUGCGGUGGGGGUCCCAGCUCUGGGCUUCUCACCCAUGAACUGCACACCCGUGCUGCUGCAUGACCACGAUGAGCGUCUGCAUGAGGCUGUGUUCCUCCGUGGGGUUGACAUAUACACACGGUUGCUGCCUGCUCUGGCCAGCGUGCCUGCCCUGCCCAGUGAGAGCUGAGUCCCAGGCUCCCCAACCUCUACCCCGGAGUGUCCAUCCUGACCAGUGUUAAGUGGUCUACCCCUCUGCCCCCCUGCCCCACAAUAAAGUCUGUGUGCGGACAGGGGCCAGUUCUGAAGUACUAAGAGCAAGGAUGUUCAUGAAGCAGGGAUUCUGUCAUUUUAUUUGUGGACAUGCUGUUAUCACCCCCAGUUCACAGAUGAGGAAACUGAGCCUGGCUCUGGAUAUGUCUCUAGCACCCUAUGCUGCUCUUGUGCCCCUCGACACGGCAUGCUCAUU